AUGACGCUUAUUUAUUGUUCACUGUGUAUUUGUGGUAGUACGUAUGUAGUGUGAUUUUUCUGCUUACAAUAGGUGAACCGUAAUUUAAUACAUUUUCAUUCAUUAUUAGUAAAAGUUCAUUAAUGAACUUUUUACUAAUAUUUCUGAGACUCUUCAAGACUUGUGUUUAAUUAGAACUUUUUGUUUCGUGCCAUUGAAUGAGUUUCGAUUUAUUAACAUUUUCUAGGAGUUUGUAAAUAGGGUGCAUGGUUGUUAAACUAGCUGACUGUAUAUUUGUUGAACUUCAUUUCUCCGAAUGGAAAAAAAGCAUACUCCAAAACCUAGGAGUCAUCUAACUGCAGCUUGUCAAACUGGCCCUAAUCAUGUAUCAUCAACAUCUAUUGAUACAAAAUAUAAUAUAGCUGGAGCUCACAAUGCAGUUUCAAACCAUGCUGGCAUAUCCAGUACAUCUAAUCCUACUACUGCAGACUUAGCAAGUCUCUUUGAGUGCCCAGUGUGCUUUGAUUAUGUUUUACCACCUAUAUUACAAUGUCAGAACGGACAUCUAGUGUGUGCCUCAUGCCGUCUUAAGCUAACUUGCUGCCCUAGUUGUCGAGGUCCUAUAGGAAAUAUUAGGAAUUUAGCAAUGGAAAAAGUUGCAACAACUGUAUUUUUUCCUUGUAAAUAUUCACAAAGUGGGUGUAAACAGCAGUUAAUGCAUACAGAAAAAACUGAUCAUGAGGAGCUAUGUGAAUUUAGGCCAUAUUCAUGCCCUUGUCCUGGUGCUCAGUGUAAAUGGUUUGGCUCCUUAGAUCAAGUAAUGCCUCAUUUAAUGCAUUCGCAUAAAUCUAUAACAACACUUCAAGGUGAAGAUAUUGUUUUUCUGGCUACUGAUAUAAAUCUUCCUGGUGCUGUAGACUGGGUAAUGAUGCAGUCUUGUUUUGGUCAUCAUUUUAUGCUAGUGCUAGAAAAGCAGGAAAAAGUAGAUGGACAUCAACAGUUUUAUGCAAUUGUACAAUUGAUUGGAUCUCGGAAACAAGCAGAAAACUUCAUAUAUCGCCUGGAGUUAUAUAGUCAUCGUCGUCGUCUGACGUGGGAGGCAACACCCCGCAGCAUCCUCGAGGGAGUUACCCCAGCUAUCAUGAGCAGCGACUGUCUUGUCUUCGACACAAAUAUUGCCCAGAUUUUUGCUGACAAUGGAAAUCUCGGCAUAAAUGUCACAAUCUCUCUGUGCUGACCAUUUCAUCCUGCUGCACUGCUCAUUGUCACCAUCAUCUAAGAGAAGAUAUAUAUAUAUAUAAUUACAGGUUGAUGUUCAUAGUUAG